UAUAAUGUCCCCUUUUUAAUACAUAAUGUGUUCCUUACCAAACUGGGAGCUCCAUUGGCCUGCUUGCUCCACACCCUCCUCCCCAUUCCCCCGUUUCCUGGGCAACCCUGUCAGGUUGGAGAAAAAGAGAAAAUCAUAUGAGGGCAGAGCAUCUCUCUCUGUCUGUCUCCCUCUCUCUGUUUUUCUCUCUCUCUCCCUCCCUCUGUGUAUAAAACAGCAUCUCCAUGCUUUCACACACCACUCAGUUCAGUUCUGCAGAGGGGAUGGACACAGAGCGCAGGAGCCUACCAACAAAUAGGAAAUCAGUGUGACAGAGACAUAAAACAACUCCUUCUUUCAUCCCUCUUUCAUCUGUUUCCAUCUCCACAUGGCUGUUGCUCUUUUCUCCUUUCCCUCCUCUUUGAGCUCCUCUCGUUUUCUUGGACGAUAGCUGCAUCCAUGCAGAAUGGGUUGUGGCAAUUCCUCAGCCGCCAGCACGUCAGGAGGGGGACCUGCAGAAACUUCCAAAGAUUUGACAGAAGAACCCUCACCAGACGAUGAGAAAAGAAGGAACUAUGGCGGGGUGUACGUAGGUCUGCCAUCUGACAUGACCACUGUGGCAGCCAGCCAGUCCAAGUCCACAGGCAAAGGGAAUAUCAGAUGAUCUACCACUCAUGGACAUGGACACACCACUCCUCUUUAGCUGGUAGUUGAUGCCCAGAAUAGAUUGAUUGGUUCCUCCUUCGUGGGAAGUAUCCGGAACAUAUGGCUGUCGAUGGUUUAGGAGUAGUGAACCACUGGGCACACACUGGUUGAAUCAACAUUGUUUCCACUGCAUUUCAAUAAAACUAUGUUGAACCAGUGUGGAAUAGACAUUGAAUUGUCAUCUGUGUCCAGUGGGGAGACAUUAGAUGCCAAUAGUGUGACAUCUGUGUCCUUAUUGGAAAGAGACAGAUUGGGAACCUGAGAAUGUGAAUUCUUGGUAAUGUGGAUUUCAAAGAAAUGUGUGGAGGGGCGGAGGCUGGGAGUG